AUGUUUGUGCUCUCUGUCCCCACGGAGGCUACAAACAGGUGCCAGGUGAAGCCUCCGCAGCUGUCCCUCGGCUCGGAUUCGGAAUUCCGACUUGGAAGCGUUCGUGGGGGGAGUUUUGGAGCGGGUCCCAUCUCCUCAGUCGUCCCCCCCUGUGGAGCUUUCAUCCUGGGUGAGGCCUCCGCUCUCUUGGCCUCUCCGCACACACACAGAUACAGAGCUCGUGCCGUUGGGGUGAAAUCCAAGACCGUGGAGUUGUUAGCACACCGGCUUCCCUUACACGACGGCGUCUUCACAAUAGUUUUGGGACGAGACGACGGCCCGGACAAGAGGUGCAGACAGAGUCCUGGAUCUACAGCCUCAGUCCUGGAUCUACAGCCUCAGUCCUGGAUCUACAGCCUGAGUUCUGGAUCUACAGCCUCAGUCCUGGAUCUACAGCCUGAGUUCUGGAUCUACAGCCUCAUUCCUGGAUCUAUACAGCCUCAGUCUUGGAUCUACAGCCUGAGUUCUGGAUCUACAGCCUCAGUCCUGGAUCUACAGCCUCAGUCCUGGAUCUACAGCCUCAGUCCUGGAUCUACAGCCUCAGUCCUGGAUCUACAGCCUGAGUUCUGGAUCUACAGCCUCAGUCCUGGAUCUACAGCCUCAGUCCUGGAUCUACAGCCUGAGUUCUGGAUCUACAGCCUCAUUCCUGGAUCUAUACAGCCUCAGUCUUGGAUCUACAGCCUCAGUCCUGGAUCUACAGCCUCAGUCCGGGAUCCACAGCCUCAGUCCUGGAACUACAGCCUCAGUCCUGGAUCUACAGCCUCAAGCCUGGAUCUGCAGCCUCAAUCCUGGAUCCACAGCCUCAGUCCUGGAUCUAUAGCCUCAGUCCGGGAUCCACAGCCUCAGUCCUUGAUCUACAGCCUCAGUCCUGGAUCAUGUUUUUGCAGUUAUGUAGUAGUAUCCUCGCCAUGCUCACACUCCCCUUGGCUGUGUGGACCUGGACUGGACCUGGGCUGGACAGUGCGCACCGCCCGCCCCUGGUUCUCAUGA